GUCCCGAUCGCAAGCUAGGAAGAAAUCGCGAAAACGCGCGCGCUCUUUAUCCCGAGUUCGAUUGAUCGAAAAUUCAUCACGCGUACAGGUGUCAGUUUCGUGUAAAGUUUGAUAAAAAAAAAAAAUAUAGCACAUAAAUAUUUUCGUCGAGCUGCACCGGAGAGCCACGAAGAUUGAUAUAAGGUAUUUAGCGAACGGAAAUGUGCAGAAUUGUGAAGUGAGCCACGGAUUAUAAUUAUCAUCAACAUCGGUUUCUGGAUGGUAGAAUUGCCCCUCGGUUGUAAAUCUUUGAUUACGAUCUGAAUCAAUCAUAUAAGUUGGCAUUCCUCAUCGGGCCUUGCGUCAAUAACAGAGUUUAAAAUAUUAUAAUUUUUUUCAACCGAAGAUUCUCUCAAGUUCCAAAAUAUUUGACCUGAAGUUAGUGAUCAUCGUUUGGUCCUGUUUGACGUCAGUCUGGAUACUGGAGAAAUUGAGGUGCUGAGAUACAAUAAGUGAAUAUUCAGCAAAAUCCUGGACCAUUUCGGAGCAAAUUGAGAACCGCAAUAAAAUGAUGAUCGAUCCCUCAAGAAUACUACUGCUAGUUGUUGCAGUUCAGAUAUUGUUGAUAGAAAAUUGCUAUGGUCAGCCACAGAUAACGUCCUUAGAUUCGCCAAUAUUUAUUUCCAAAUUUCGUAAUCUACGUGGGCUAGCACUCAACUUUAUUGGAUUCAAUGGACACGACCCUCACAAAUUCAAGAUCAAUGCAAAACAAAUGAAAUUACAAAACCAAUAUUCGACGGACAUGCCAUUCUUCUGUAACACGACCGGGAUGAGAAGCUCGGUUCCUCCGAAUUCGGUAGACAAGCUUCGACCGGGUGAUAUCGACAUCGUGGGAGCGAUUGGCGAUUCGCUGACUGCCGGAAAUGGUGCAAUGGCUACCAACAUUUUGGAGGUGCUGGUCGAGAAUAAGGGAAUCUCGUGGAGCAUUGGUGGUCAGGCCAAUUGGCGCCAGUUUUUAACGCUGCCGAAUAUUCUGAAGGAAUUUAAUCCAUCACUCUACGGUUACCCGGUGAAGGAUGGAGUAUCGACGAGUAAAUCGUCUCGCUUCAACGCAGCCGAGGGCGGUGCGAUGAGCCAGGACAUUCCUCAUCAGGCCAGGAACUUGGUCAAACGGAUGCUUUCCGAUCCCAAGGUGGACGUCAAAAAGCACUGGAAAGUGAUUACCAUUCUGAUCGGGGGCAAUGAUUUCUGCUCCAACAUCUGCUACACCAACCCACCGGAGAAAGCGUUGGAGUAUCACGAAAAGAAUAUCUUGACCGCCUUGAGGAUCUUCCGCGAUUAUUUGCCGCGUACUUAUGUUAACUUGGUAGCGAGCCCGAAUGUUGACAUUUUGACGAAAAUGAAGGGCAAGCCUUCGGAAUGUGUAACGAUGCACGUGUUCGAGUGUCCCUGUUUUGUCGCUACUCGUUUCGUGGCAAAUAACAAACGGUACGUCAAACUGAUAGAAAAGUGGAACAGACUGCAGAUGGAAAUUACCACCCGGGAAGAAUUCCACUCGAAGCCAGACUUUACCGUGGAAUAUCAACCGUUUAUUGCCAACAUUAGUAUUCCGGAAAGGAACGGUCUAACGGACUUCAGUUACAUGUCGGUGGACUGUUUUCACCUGAGCCAGAAGGGUUAUGCCCGAGCAUCGAAUGCCCUGUGGAAUAAUAUGUUGGAACCGAUUGGGGAAAAGACGCUGAACUGGGAGCAUGAAUUUUCCAACUUCAAAUGUCCCUCGCAAGACAUGCCAUAUUUAAGAACUUUGAAUAAUAGUUUAAAUGGACGGCUUUAGGAAUUUCAACAUAAAACAGUGAAUCAUCUGUGAUAAAUCAUGUCCGUAGCCAAGUAGCUUAAGAAACAAGAAUAAUGUUCACUAAUUAACACAUUAACUGCCAUAACAACUUAACUGUCAUUAUGGUUAAUAGCAAAUAAUUGUAAAGAAAAUCAGUGCGAAUUCAAAUUGGCGAAAAAUGACUGAGCUACAUGAUAUUAA